CGGAUUAUGGUGAUGCCUCGGCAACAUGUUGUACAAAAAAAGGGCACACAGAAAUGUCUGGGAUUUUUUCUGCAGUGCUGCCCGGAUGCGUACUCCGACUCUUGGUCAUGUCAAGCUGCGGCGGAAUUGCGGCUGAUCUCGCAGAAGCAAGGCGUGCCACAUUUUACUAGAAAAACUAACCAUGUCUAUACUGCGAAGGAGAAUGACUGGGGCUAUUCGUGUUUUAUGACAUGGGCGGUAAGUCUGCCAGUUUGUUAUCUCCAUCCCUUGUUUUUCCUGGUAGAACUCUCUAGGCUGACUUCUAUCGGGGUUUUUUUUUUGUGCCUGUUGACUCGAUUUACCUCCUACCAUGAAUUUGUGAAGAAAGGAAUGAUAGGUAAACGAAGACUGCGUUUACACAAAUCAGAGAGUGUUUUCAGGUCGCAUGAGCAGUUCGAGAAGAAAAUUCAAGAUUAUAUGAGGCUAGCUGAUAUACAGAGUAGUCGUGGCCUCAUUGAUAAAGCGAUAGAAGUUAAUACGAGUGCAUUGAAAUUUUGCAAAGAUCGCGAUCAAGAUUGCAAAGCAGAUCUGGAAGCGCAGAAGGCAAGGCUGAUCGAAAUGAAACUUAAACAAAGCAUCGAGAGGAUUGAGAAAGGACCCACACUUGGAAAAAGUGACGAGGAAAAUUCAUUGAAUCAGAGUGCCCUAAAACAAGCUAUAUCAGGCGCAACAACGAUCGGCAAGCAAUCGGUAUUGAACAAAUCGUCAUCGAGAACAACUCCUAACAAUAAAAUCCGUGAGCCGAAUCUGGAUAAACUCAGCACCAACGUUCAGAACAGGAAAAGAGCGGCCUGA